AUGUAUGAUUAUCAGUCACAAACAAGUCUCCCACCGAUUCGGGCGCGUCAACAACGACCAGCUGGUGUUCAAGUCCAACAACUCUAUGAAAGUAGUCCAGUUCUAGGUGCAGUCGCACAUCAUCCAUCGACGACACAUUACUCAUCACAUAAACUAGCACAUACCGAUUCGUCAACUAUCGUCGGUGGACCUGCACCUUCUGGUAGUCAUACUAAUGGAACAAGCAAUGGCCUAUACAAUCAUCCACAUUAUCAAAGCAGUAGUUCACAAAUACUUACUUACCAACAACCUUUGGAGCAACCCCUACGGAAAAGCCCGAGUGUCGACAAACCCGAUGCCGCAAUGAAAGCUUACAUGUCGAAAUUGACAGCCUAUGAAAGACAUGAAAUAUUUUCUUAUCCGCAAGUUUAUUUCGUUGGACAAAAUGCUCGAAAGCGCCAAGGUAUCGGUGGUGGGCCCAAUAACGCUAAUUAUGACGACGAAAACGGCUCCUACAUUGCUGUACAACACGAUCAUAUUGCUUAUCGUUAUGAAGUACUGAAAAUUCUCGGCAAAGGCUCGUUCGGUCUCGUCGUUAAAUGUCACGAUCAUAAAACUGGUCAACAAGUGGCAUUAAAGAUCAUCCGUAAUGAAAAGCGUUUUCAUCGACAAGCGCAAGAAGAAAUCCGUUAUGAAGUACUGAAAAUUCUCGGCAAAGGCUCGUUCGGUCUCGUCGUUAAAUGUCACGAUCAUAAAACUGGUCAACAAGUGGCAUUAAAGAUCAUCCGUAAUGAAAAGCGUUUUCAUCGACAAGCGCAAGAAGAAAUCCGUAUAUUGGAACAUUUACGCAAACAAGAUCGUGACAACACGUUCAAUAUCAUUCAUCUAUUUGAGUGGUUUCAAUUUCGCAAUCAUAUUUGUAUUACAUUCGAACUAUUAUCGAUGAACUUAUACGAAUUGAUUAAGAAGAAUCGCUUUCAAGGCUUUAGUUUACAACUUGUACGAAAAUUUGCACAUAGUAUCUUACAAUGUCUGGAUGCAUUGUAUCGAAAUAAAAUCAUUCACUGCGAUCUAAAACCUGAAAAUAUUCUAUUAAAACAACAAGGUCGAAGUGGAAUUAAAGUAAUUGAUUUCGGUUCAAGUUGCUUUGAACAUCAACGUGUUUAUACAUAUAUUCAAUCGAGAUUUUAUCGAGCACCUGAAGUCAUCCUUGGAGCAAAAUAUGGUUUACCGAUUGAUAUGUGGAGUUUGGGUUGUAUCCUAAGUGAAUUAUUAACUGGCAUGCCAUUGUUUCCCGGCGAAGACGAAGCUGAUCAAUUAAGUUGCAUCAUUGAAGUUAUUGGAAUGCCUAGUCAAAAAGUAAUUGAUGCUUCGAAACGUGCAAGAAAUUUCAUUAGUUCCAAAGGACACCCUCGAUAUUGUACAGUAACUACACUACCCGAUGGAACAAGUGUUUUACAAGGCGGUCGUUCAAAACGUGGUAAACAGCGUGGACCACCUGGUAGUAGGGAUUGGUCACAAGCUCUGAAGAAUUGCGAUGAUCCAUUGUUUAUCGAUUUUCUUAAACGUUGUCUCGAAUGGGAUCCUCAAACAAGACUGACACCAGCACAAGCCUUAAGGCAUUCUUGGCUUCGUCGUCGUUUACCCAAACCCCCCUCCGACGCUCCACCGCCCAAUCGUCCAUCAGCUGUACUUCGUCAUCAUCAUUUACACGCUGCUUCACCGCAACAAACGACUUCACUAGUCGAUACAACUACUAAUGGUGGUAUAACGAAUAGCAGCUCUACUAUUAAUAAUGGUAGUUAUACUACUCAUCAUUACCAACCACAUCAACAGUUAUACAACACUACGAGUAAUUCGAAUUUGAAAAACUACUCUUCCACAAAUGAUUUCAGUCGACAUCAAAAGUUGCCACAUAUAAGUGGUGUUCAUCUGAACACUACUCACGACUAA